GGCUCUGGGACGCCGCUCCCAGGACAGAUUCUGAGCUGGGAGCGUCUUCCAGCCAAAUAUCAGGGCUGCCAGGCCGGGAGCCAGUGUUGCGCACUGACCUAGAGCAUCGGGAACUGACGCCUCUGCUCAGGGCUUGUCUCUCCGGCUCCUCCCAUGCUCUGGGGCAGCGGUCCCUGAGGCAGUGGCAGGAUGUGGAAGCCUCCGGAAGGAAGUGGGUGACUGUGGGCCUUGAGCUGCGGCACCUCAGUGGGGGAGGGGUCAUACCAGCUGGUUGCUUAGAGAAACUGUGUUGUGUAAAAAAAAAAAAAAAAAAAAAGGAUAGGGGUGUUGCGGCAGGGGAAUUUGUUGUCUCACCUUUCAUUUCUCUAGAAGUUUCCAAGAGUCACUUGGGUCUCGUCCCGGGGAAGACCCGGGGAAGCCGAGAAGGCCUUGGCAUUGAGUUCUGAGAGCUGGUUCCCGCCUUGUGUUCCCCACACUGUCCACUGGAGGAAUCGGAGAAGAGCUGAGCGGAGGGAGCCCCCGACACGGUCCACGGAGAGAGCCGUGGGGCGUGGUGUUUGGUGUCCUCCCGGGUUGGUCCACGUCCCCAUCCAGCCGGCCCAGGACCCCUCUGCAGAAGCGUUCCAGGACAGCAGGCAUCAGUCACCAAGAUGUCCAACCCUUUCCUGAAGCAAGUCUUCAACAAGGACAAGACGUUCCGCCCCAAGCGCAAGUUCGAGCCGGGCACACAGCGCUUCGAGCUGCACAAGAAGGCGCAGGCGUCGCUCAACGCGGGGCUGGACCUGCGGCUGGCCGUGCAGCUGCCCCCGGGCGAGGACCUCCACGACUGGGUGGCCGUGCACGUGGUGGACUUCUUCAACCGCGUCAACCUCAUCUACGGCACCAUCAGCGACGGCUGCACGGAGCAGUCCUGCCCCGUCAUGUCGGGGGGCCCCAAGUACGAGUACCGCUGGCAGGACGAGCACAAGUUCCGGAAGCCCACGGCGCUCUCCGCGCCCCGGUACAUGGACCUGCUGAUGGACUGGAUCGAGGCGCAGAUCAACAACGAGGACCUCUUCCCCACCAACGUCGGCACACCCUUCCCCAAGAACUUUCUGCAGACGGUGCGGAAGAUCCUGUCGCGGUUGUUCCGCGUGUUCGUGCACGUCUACAUCCACCACUUCGACCGCAUCGCACAGAUGGGCUCCGAGGCCCACGUGAACACCUGCUACAAGCACUUCUACUACUUCGUCAAGGAGUUCGGCCUCAUCGACACCAAGGAGCUGGAGCCACUGAAAGAAAUGACUGCCCGGAUGUGCCACUAAGAGCCCCACAGGCCCCCUGGCGCCCGAACCCCCUCUGGGGCCUUGGAGACAUGGAGGAGGAUGCUCCUGAACCACCGUCACCUUGCUCUCCGGCCUGAGCAUCUCGGGAGCCCAGGGGCUGGGCCGCUGAGCGGGUGUGGGUCGUCAGGAGCCCCAGCCCCAGAUGGCAGACGGCUUCCUCACCAUCUCGAGCCUCAGUCUCCCGUCUGGGACUGAACUUGAACUCUAUAAUUCUGUGUGUUACUAGCAACCGGAAAA